AUGACAACUCCAAGAGUUCCAACUACAUUUACAAGAAAGGUUCCAGGAGGAACCAAAAUUACCUCACCAGCAGGAGGUUUAUCAGCAACAGUAACAGCCACUACAACCGCAGCUAAAAAAUUACCAAAUGGUUGUAAGGUUUCAAUACAUAAUUCAAAUUUACUUACAAGCACAGGUUUACAAGAUUUGGAUGAUAUCAUUGGAGGCGGUAUACCAGUAGGAAGUAUUUUAAUGAUUGAGGAGGAUAUUAAUAGUAGCUAUUAUAUAUUCUUAUUAAAAUAUUUCCUUGCAGAGGGUAUUUUGCAACAGCAAGGUGUAUUUUUUUCAUCAUUAAUUGGUAUUGAUCCAUUUGAAAUUUUAAACAAGUUACCACAAAGAAUUACAAAAGAAGAAGAGAUUGAAAACGACAAAACUGACAAUUUAGCAACCAACAGCAAUAAACCAUCAAACCCAACAGAUGAAUUAAAGAUAGCGUGGAGAUACCAACAAUAUGUUCAAAACGAACUUUCAAAGCAACCAACUACCUCAUCCAUUUUAAAUCAAACAUUUUGCCAUAGUUAUGACUUUACCAGAAAGAUGAAUGUACAAUCAAUGAAUCCAAAUUUAAUCCAUACAUUAUCAUACUCUUCAAAUUAUUCACAGGUCGAGGGUUCAUCACCAUACAGAAAUCUAUUUUUAGAGAUUCAAAAUUUAGUUUAUAAAUAUAAUAAAGAGGCAGCAGCUAAUCCAGAUCAAACCAAAGUACUUCGUCUUUGCAUUCAAUCUUUUUCAUCACCACUUUGGUCAAAUAAUGAGGAGGGUGUUAUAGAGUUCCUCCACGCACUUAAAGGUUUAUUAAGAUCAUCCGUUUGCACCUGUGUCAUCUCAGUACCAACUUAUAUUUAUUCAAGUGCAUUUGUUAAAAAGAUAUCACAUCUCUGUGAUACUGUAGUCUCAAUUAAUUCAUUCAGUGGUAUGGGUGGUGAAACUCCAGAGCAAUUUGCAGAAUACCUUGGUUUCUUUAACAUUAGAAAAAUAGCUAGAUUAAAUACACUCUCUUUAUCAUUCCAUCCAGAUAUGUUAACCUAUGUUUUCAAAAUGAAAAGAAGAAAGAUGUGCAUUGAAACCAUUCAUUUACAACCAGAGAUGUCAAGAGCUGGCGACUCUAAACCUGAGGAUUCAAAUAGCAAUAAAAAAGAUGAUGGUAAUAUAGUUUCAAAAAUGAAGUCUGGCAGUGGUUUAUUAUGUGGUGCUGAAAAUGAAAAUUUUUAUAAAAAUGAAACAUUAAAAUUGAUUAGAAAUCUUUGUAUUGAAUACUAUACCAACCUAUUACCGGAAGAUUCAAAUGUAGUAUUUUCUGUUCUCGAAACAAAAUGGUGGUUAGAUCUUAAAAAACUAUUCAGUUUCUUUGAUGAUAAUAUGUUUACAUUUAUCUUUAUAUUAUUCCCAGAAAAAGAAGUGUCUUUAGAAUUAUAUGAUGCCAAUGUAAUGAAUCUUUUUAUUGUGGCAUCAUUGUUAUCAUUUGAUUUUAUUGUUGAACUAAACUCUCUAUCAUUCGAAGGUUCAGCAAUUGAUACAAUUAUUUAUUCAAAGACUACAAGUUUUAUGAGAAAACUACCAAAAUUCUUAAGGGAGCCAAAAAGAAAAAGAAAAUUAAUAGACAAGCUAUACAACUAUUCUGAACUCGCAAAUGAAGCCAUUUCAUCAAAUUUAAGAGAUGAAAUUCAUAAAAGCGGCCCAGAUAAUAGUCAAAAGGAUUUAAGAAUUCAAUUGUUUAAACUUUUGUUUAAUAGCCGUUUCAACUAUCUAAAUAGGGUUUAUUGUAUUUAUUUGGCUUUAAUCAAUUCCUUAUCGUUAAGUGAAAGGGGCUUUUUAUUUCUCAACAAAUUAAAAGUUGAUGAAGAGAUUUCAGAAUACUUGGAAGAAUUUUCAACAAACUCAAUUUCUUAUUUAAACUAUAAAAAGGAACAAGGUGGUAGCUCUGCUCUGGAAAAUAUAGAUUUAAUUGACUUUGUUGACUUUAAAUUGUUUUAUCAAAUAAUGAUACAAAUCCAACUUAAAUCAAUUAAAUCACUGGAAGACUUGAAUCAGCUAUUUGGUGAAUCAAUUUUAAGAGAGUGUGGCCAAAUUUGGGACUAUGUAUCAAAUUCAUCCGAGCCAUUUAUCGAUCUACAAGUAUUUUCAAAUCCAACCAACUAUUUUAACACCAAGGAAAUUUUAGAAAAAAUUGAAAAGAAAUCUAAAAAGAUUGGCAAAAUAGAUAAUGGGGUCUAUUUAUUAGAGAACGAGUUUUUGAAUACUGUAGCACCAAAUUCUUUAGAGUACUUAGGCUCAUAUAAAAAAGACUUGGAUGAAUUAACACCUCAAACAUUCUCAUCUAGAUUUGUCGACGAUUUCCAUUUUCAUUCAAAUAGAAAAAUUGAACCCGAUGCAUUUAGUGUUAAAUUAAAAGAGUUUAAAGUAAACAGAAAAACAUCUCUCAAACUUAAUCAAAAGAGUGCUGCUGUAUUCAAAAAAUAUGCAGAUUCACUAAAUGAUCCAAUAAAUAAAUUAAUCAUUAAUAAGCUUGAUCCAACCAAAGAAGAAUUGGAAAAAGAGAAAUUAAAAAAAGAAAAGGAAGAAUUUAAAAAAUCUUUCAAUAAAAAAUCAGUACCAAUAAAAUCAAAUAUAAAACCAAAAAAUGAAAGAGAUAAAUUAUUAGAAGAAAGAUUAAUCAAAGAUAAAAAAAAGUUUGAAGAGAAUUUAUCUUUAAUGGAUUCACCUCUACAAACACUCAAGUUUUUAAAUAAUUUAGAUUAUUUAGACAAAGCAUUUGAUCUUUAUGAAUCACACUUUAAUAAGCUUUUACAAACCUAUAAUUCAACAAAAGAAAAGAAAUUAAUUGAAAAGAUGGAAGAGUUAAAGUCACUUAAAUUUAAAGAGAUAAAAAGAGUCAAUCCAAGUGCAAAGAAGUCUGAAGUUAUAGUUACAGCAGAUAUGAUCGAUUUAUCAGAAUUAGAGCUACAGUCCAAUGAAAAGGUUCCAUAUUAUCAAUUGGUUCAGAACUAUCUUAGAUAUUUCAAUGAUUUACAGCCCGAUUCAAACAUUAGUCAAAAUUUAAUUAAAAGUAUUUCAAAAUAUUUAUAUGAAAUCUCAAAAUCAAUUUUAUUGUUCAGCGACUUGGCAAAUUGUUUAAACACAAAGUUUAAAUUGGGGAAAAAAGAACUACCAAUUAAUGAUAACAAUGGUCCAAAUAAUAACUCAAUUGAGUUCCAAAUUAAAGAAACCCCAGAAACAUUGGUCAGAAAUACAGGUGGUAAACCGGAUUCAAGAGUACGUGGUUUUGUACCAGAUAAAUGGCAGGUUGAACUUUUGGAUAUUGUAGAUAACAGGGAGUCUGCUUUAAUUUGUGCACCAACUUCAUCUGGUAAAACUUUUAUUUCAUUUUAUACAUUUGAAAAAAUUCUUCGUCAAGAUAAUGAAGGUAUUGUAGUUUUUAUAGCACCAACCAAAGCAUUAGUAAAUCAAAUGUAUGCCGAAGUUUUAGGUCGUUAUGAAAAGAAUUUCGUUGCAAUUAAUCAUCGUCCAUCAAAUAAUAAAACUGUUGGUAUAUUUACUAGAGAUUGGAGAUUAGAUAUGGAAAAUUGUCAAAUCUUAAUUACUGUUCCACAAUGCCUCGAAAUUUUAUUCCUUUCAAUUGCAAAUAUUCAAUUUAUUCAACGUAUUAGAUAUAUUAUUUUUGAUGAAGUCCAUCAAGUUUGUAACACAGAUGGUGCUGUUUGGGAACGUUUAUUAUUAUUUAAUCCAUGUCCAUUUUUAGCUCUUUCCGCCACACUAGGUAAUUUGAAUGAAUUCCAUCGAUUCCUUCAAAAAAUAGAUCCAGAAAGAAAGGUUAAACUUAUUCAUUAUACUCAUAGAUUUAAUGAUUUAAAAACUUUUUUCAUUUCUCAAUCAAGAAAAGAAAAAAAACAAGACUUAAUUUCAGAUCAACAAGAAACUACAAAAGAAGAAAAAGAAGAAAAAGAAAUAAAAAAAGAAGAAAGUGAGGAAAAUGAAGAAGAUGAAGAAAUUAAAUUUGGUUACGAUGAGGAUAACGAGGAAAACAAAGAUAAAAAAAUUGAAAGAGUUUCGUUUGAAUACAAAUUAAAUCCAUUACACCCAUUUUCAUCACUAACAACAAAAGUAGGUGGCUUAAAUAAAAUAUCAAGUGACUUAACUUUAAUACCAAGUGAAAGCCACGAGUUAUUUGAGGCUUUAUCAAAGAUUAUUGGUUACGAAAAGGUAAAACAAUUCGACCCACAACUUUAUUUUGCAAAAAUCGAAAACAAGGAGUUUAAUUUAGAAAAACAACAAAUUUUCAACUAUCAAAAUGAAUUGAAGGAAUACUACAACAAUCUUUCACAAGAACAAAAGCUAAGUGUUUCAUCUUCUUUAACUAAUCCUCUUUAUGACAAUUUAAAAUUCAAAUGGGAGAGUGAUAUUACCAAUAUUGUUUUAAAGCUCCAAGAAGAUAAACUAUUACCAGCAAUUAUUUUCUGCUUUAAUAGAACUCAAUGUACAAAUUUAGCUCAAAGAGUCUAUUCAGAUCUAAUGAAAAGACAUCAAAGCCCAAAUACUAAAGAAGAAAGAAGAGCUAUUGAUUUGGAGAUUCAGAGAAUAGAAAAAGCAAUUAGCGCAGAAAAGAAACAAUUAGAUAUUUCCGAUGAAUUAAUGAUUGAAUUAGAAAGAUUAAAGUCAAAGAAAGCCUCACUGGAAUAUAUCAAACCACAAUUUGGCACUAUUUCAUCCUCAGAUAUAGACAAGGAGUAUAAAAUUAAAAAUAAUCCAUUAACUCCAGUUUUAAUGCAGGGUAUUGGUGCUCAUCACAGUGGCUGUGAUAAAAACUACUUACGUACUGUCGAAUUCCUUUUUAGAGGUAAAAAGAUUCAGUUGCUUUUUGCCACCUCCUCUUUGGCAGUGGGUGUUAAUAUGCCAGCUAGCACAGUCGUAUUUGCAGGUGACUCACCAUAUUUAAAUGUUUUAACUUAUAGACAAUGUGCAGGUAGAGCUGGUAGACGUGGUCUCGAUUUAAGAGGUAAUGUGGGUUUCUUGGGUAUUUCCAAAUUUAAAAUUAAUCGUUUAUUAAACUCAAAUCUUUCAAACAUCACCGGUAAUACAGUUUUAUCACCAUCAUUAUGCUUAUCAUUAGUUUCAAGAUAUGAUUUUUCAGCUAAUAGUUCAAACAAACCUUCUUUAGAAUCAAAUCAAGCAGAGUCAAAUGAACCAAAUGAACCAAAAAAACCAAUAGAUGAAUCAGAAGAAAUUAAAGAUUCUUGGGAUAAUUCAGAUAGCGAAAAAGAAAGUAUAAAGGAUAGUUGGGAUAAUGAUGAAAAUGAAAUAUUAGAUACUAGUAAAAUUAAUAGUGAUCAACAAAUAACAUACCAACCAAAAAAGCAAUUGGAUCAAGUCUCUAAAGUAGAUAUUGAAAUUUUAAAGAAGGCCACAAAAUCAUUAUUAAACAACUCAUUCUUUUUGGGCGAUCCACUUCAAGUUCAAUUUUUAUUUUCAUUUUCAGUAGAUUAUCUUUUUAGAGAAGGUUUCUUAAAUCGUAAAGGUGUUCCAUUAAAUCACUCUGGUUUGGUAACUCAUCUCGGUUAUUUAGAACCAUACAACUUUGUUUUUGUAUCAUUAUUACGAUCUGGCCUUUUUGAUAACCUAUCACCAAAUCAAAAAGAACGUGAUCUUUAUAUAAUCCAUGUUUUAUCUUAUCUAUUUUGUAUUCAACCAAUUCCAUCAUCUAAAGCUAGAUCGCCAAGUAUAUUGGUUCUUCCACCACUUCCAACUGAAGCUUUAAAUAUAAUCAAGAACCAUAACCAACGUUUAUUAAAUACCUUUUCAACCUAUGUCAGAAUUUAUAAUCAAUAUAUAGGUAAAAAUAUGCUUCCACUCUCAAGAAAAAUAAACAAAUUUAACGAUCAAUACAAAUCAUCAUCAAAAAAAUCGGUCGAAAACUGGAAUAAUAAUAUGAAACCAUUUAAAAAUAAUUUAGAUAAUUCCAACACAGUUAACUCGUUAUCUGGUCUCUUCUAUGUUAAUAAUAUCCAGAAAUUAGUAGCAACCUUCCAUUCAAAUACAUAUUUCUCUCCAUCUGUUUUACCAUUUUGCGAGAUUAAUGGUAAAACAAAUUCAUAUUUAAUGGAUUUCUAUAAACAUGGUCAAGUUAAAACAAUUUUAGAAGAUAAUGGUAUUAAAGAAAGUGAUAUUUGGACCCUAUUAAAAGAAUUUUGUUUAACACUAAAGGUCAUUGAAGUAGCUCUUCAACACAGAGAUCCAGAUUCAACAAUUUCAAAUGCAUUCACAGGUUUGUCAAAAAGAUAUUCAGAAAAAUUUGCAAGUAGCUUUGAUUUUUAG